UCGGGUACGCACGCUUUUCCUUACUGCGAGAAGCCUUCGGACGUUCGGAAAAAUAACUUUUUUUUUUAAAAUUUCAGUGCAAAAUUUUUAAUUAAGCAAAUGUGAUGUAAUGUUUUUUUCAUUUAAGUUUGCUGUAAAGUAAAAGUUGAGUUUUAGUGAUUUUUGUGGACCUUCAUUGAAAUACUGACAAGAUAUUUUUAAGAGAAUGGUAAUGAAUUCGUUCGAAGAUGGCCAAUAAAAUGGAUCCACCGAAUGUCAUUUGUCACAUUUACGAAAUAAGAUGAAAUAAAAAGGCGAUCAAAAAUGAAUUUAGAAGAUGUAAAAUUCCAUGAAGACAACAAUGAAUGAAUUAGAAUACGUAAAUCGAGUCACUUUGUCCCAAUUCGAUGAAUACAAUGACUCGGACGAUUUCUAUUGGACAUCGAGAAAUCAUUCACUCGAUCACAAUUUUACUGAACUGAACGGAUUGGAUAAUGUGACUGUGUUUAUUGAAAAGGAAUCUGUUAAUAAUUGGUGGGCUUUGAUUGCUUUAGUACUAGUUGUUUGUACUGCAGCGGGAAAUGUGUUAGUAUGCUUAGCUAUUUACUUGGAAAGACGGCUUCAGAACGUAACUAACUACUUUCUUAUGUCUUUGGCUAUAACUGAUUUAUUGGUGGCGGUGCUUGUAAUGCCUCUUGGUAUACUAACCCUUGUUAGAGGAUACUUUCCUUACCCGGCGGUAUAUUGCCUAACGUGGAUAUGCCUUGAUGUUCUACUUUGCACGGCAUCUAUCAUGCAUUUGUGUACAAUUAGUGUGGACAGAUACCUUUCACUGAGAUAUCCGAUGCGAUUUGGAAGAAACAAGACAAGAAAAAGAGUAACAAUAAAGAUCGUCUUUGUAUGGAUUUUGUCUACUGCUAUGAGUCUACCUUUAAGUCUCAUGUAUUCUAAGAAUGAAGAGUCGGUAUUGAUCGGUGGUUCAUGCCAGAUACCUGAUCCGUUGUACAAAGCGAUCGGAUCAGUGAUAUCAUUCUACAUUCCACUGGGCGUGAUGCUGCUCACGUAUGCGCUGACUGUGCGCCUACUAGCCAGACAACGCAAAGGACUCGGCCCUGGCUGGGCGACCGGCUGGCUUGGUGCGCCUACAAUCGAUCGUCGUUGUACGUGGAGAAGGUUUCUGGCUCCUAGAGGUGGUACACCGCAGCACUCAGCUGCCUCUACUGAAACAGAACUUCCGCCAAUAGACACAAGGGAUCUUUGGCUACAAGAUACAAGCGAGCCCGCCCCGUCAGCAAUGAGCGCACUGCAUCACUUUGGGGCAGAGAUGUUGCGCCUCUCUCGUGGAUUGGAAGCUUCGGCUGCAACUAAAGCUUCAUUCAGAGGAACAAAUGUAACGGAUCGGGGUGGAUUGUUGACACCCGGGUCGUUAAGCGUCUCUUCGAGCUCUCCUUCAUCGAUGCUUCAGGACAAACGACGUCUUUCAGCAACUGUCGAUCCGAAUACGCCUCUGAAUAGACCGAGAAGUGCAUCAGAUGACGAAGGCAACGAUGGUCUAUUAGCUCCAGCAGCGUUAACUGCGAAGUCUAGAAGCUCUGAAGAUGGACUACUACUACCACCUCCGUGUACUUGUCCAUACUUCGGUAGUGAUUCUACACCGCCUAGACGUACGACAGAGGUUAUAAUAGUAUCUGGAGGUGAUAUCGAUGGUUGCAAUGAAUUCCCUCGCAAUGGUAACGUAAAACCUGAUGAUCCAUGCACUCCCGUCUUCAGACGGUCCAGUCGGGGCGCCUCAUCCAUGGUGACUUGGGAGGAAGCUAGAAGAUUUAGACGAGGUUCCAGUUUUGGCGGUGCACGAACCACCCUAUCGACUCCGAUCAGAAAUAUUCGACCGCAAAGAGCGAGCACUCGUGCUCAGCAAUCUGUUAACCCUAGUCCUCAGCGACAAACACCCAGGACACAUCACUCGAGAAAUUCAAGCGUUAUAUCAAGAAACUCAUCUAGACACGGAAGAAUUUUACGACUAGAACAAAAGGCUACUAAAGUGCUCGGUGUCGUAUUCUUUACGUUUGUAGUAUUAUGGGCGCCAUUCUUCAUCCUCAACAUGGUUCCUGCGAUCUGCCCGGAAUGUGAGAAGCGUAUAUCGAGUUGGGUGUUUGAUUUUGUUCUAUGGUUGGGUUAUGCAAGUUCUAUGGUGAAUCCGAUAUUCUAUACGAUAUUUAACAAAGUGUUUCGACAAGCUUUCAAGAAGGUGCUUCUGUGUCAGUAUUGUAAGGCUAAGAGGUAGCCGGCACCCUGGGAGCGCGUGCGGCCAUCUUCGGACCCCGGUCUCGGCGCGCUCUCAGUCAAUAGAAAUAUUCGAUCUCAAUUCGUAUGAACUAUAUACAGCUUUAAUUAUUACGCUUGUAGUAUAGGAAUAUUGCUAGUCAUUGUAACUAUAUGAAAGAACAUAUCUAACUUUAUCAUUAUGUUUGUACAUAAAAUUAUUACAUGAUUAUAAAUCGUUCGUUCCUCGAAUGAUACAAAUUUUGUUACGAUGUUAAUUUUGCACUACUUUAAAAUGUAAUCUC